AAAAAUGCAAAGCACUCAAAAAAACAGAGAGGACAACAAUUCGUCGAGAAGUAGAAGUGAAUCUCCUUUGAGUCAGGAAGAACAAGAAAGAAGAAAGAAACUACCUGUCUAUGAAAAGACAUUGGAAGAAAAAAUAAUGAGCAAAAAAAUCAAGGCUGUUGAAAAGGAUAGGUUGAUUAAGGUGUUUAAUGCACUGAUUCAAUUGGAGCCUAAAAGGGUUGAAUAAGAAAUGGACGGGAACAAAACCACAGAUGGUGACACCAAACUUGGAAAAUAAAAAAGGAAGAAAUCCAAUGAACCCAAAUUCUCGGCAAAAGCCAUUUAUGCAAUGAUGAAAAAGCUAAAAUACACUCCUAUUGGUGAUGAAGUAGAAAGAAUGAUAUGGGAAAUAGAUGAAGAUUUGGAUGAAUAAAUCAGCUGGUAUGAAUUUUAAUUAAUGUUCAAAAGAUGCAUUAAGGAUACUUCUUAUCUAGAACCCAGGUAUAUAAUUAAUAAAAUUAAAGAGGUUUAUUUAACUUUGUGCAGUUUUUAAUGUAUGCAUAUGACAAAGAAGCCAUAAAAAAUACUAUAACCGUCGAAGACACUUUGGAAUUAUUAUAUGUGAGGUGUGGGAGAUAAAAUUUAGAUGGAGAAAUAUUCAAAAUAUUCGGAUAAGAUGAAAAGACAGCUGAUGGAUAAGAAAAAGAAAUUACUUAUUCUGAAUAUCUGGCUUAGAUGAAAAAGAAAGACUUCAACAAUUGGACUGAAUUAGAAAAUAAGAAAAAGAAAUACGAUCCUUCAAAAGAACAAAACAUUAAUAAAAAAGAUUGA